GCGCUGCGCUCUGAUUGGCCCCGCGCUGAGCCGGGGGCGGUUUGAGCGGCAGCGCCCGGCGCGGCGGCGGCUCCCGGCUCCGGCACGAUGCUGCCCCUGUCUUUGCUGAAGACGGCGCAGAACCACCCCAUGCUGGUGGAGCUGAAGAACGGGGAAACGUACAACGGGCACCUGGUGAGCUGCGACAACUGGAUGAACAUCAACCUGCGGGAGGUGAUCUGCACAUCGCGGGAUGGGGACAAGUUCUGGAGGAUGCCAGAGUGCUACAUCCGUGGCAGCACCAUCAAAUACCUGCGAAUUCCUGAUGAAAUCAUUGACAUGGUGAAGGAGGAGGUGGUGUCCAAGGGCAGGGGCCGUGGUGGGAUGCAGCAGCAGAAGCAGCAGAAGGGCCGUGGGGUUGGAGGAGCUGGAAGAGGUAAAAAAAUCCCAUUUUUUUUUCUCAGCUUGGAGAGGGGAGGGAGUGGGAUUUUAAAAUCUCCCUUUUUGUGCAAGGAGCAGCUCUGUUUUAAAGGCAGGGCUGUGUCUGGGAGAAGCUGGGGCUGUUCCUGAGCAGGAUCCAGUUGAGUGAGUGCAUAAGGCAGCCCCUGCCAAGGAACAGGGAGGAUUGGUGCCAGGGAUGGGCCUCCCUCCUUCCUGGGGUUGGGCAGCAGCUUAAGAGAGUCUGAACUUGACUGUUUCAGCUCCUCCUGCCUCGUGGGGAGCGUGGCCCUGCAGAGCUGUAGCUUAGCAAGGCCAGGGAAAAAAAAAAAAAAAAAGGCUGUUCUAGGGUGAAAAUUGUGCAAAUAGUGAAAAUAAACCAGGCUCUGCCCAUGGCAGUGAGAGAAAAAAAAUAUCUUCUCCCACAUUAAAAUGGAGCUGUGGAUUUCUUGAUUUGUUAAGGUAUUUAUAUUAAAAAAAAAAAAAAAAAGACAAAACUAUGUGAGGGUUUAAGUUCCUCCUGAAACAUGAAUUAUUCAUGUUCCUGAUAAAGGGGAGGUUGCCACUUCAGAAGAAAUAGGUCACCAAAGCAGCCCUUCCCAUUUCUCAGGGUUGGGUGAUCCCAGGGCACUUCAGCUGGGGGACAUGCUGCUCCUUUUUCCCCCAAAUUACCCUGCUGGAAGCCUGGGAGGUGUUUGCUCUGGGGAUUUGUGGUCACCCCACAGCCCUGGGGCUGCUCUCAGCCCAGGCUUUGCCUGCAGUGGGAGCUUAAAAAUCCUGAUUUAAAUUUUAGAAGGAGCCCUGGGGAUGGGGACAGGGAUGUGUUGAGCUGCCUUGAGGAGCUUUGUGCCAGGAUUCCUGCUGGGAUGGACCUGGGGCCAUCAGGGUGAUUCCCAGCAGCUCCUUCUCCCCAAAUCCCCUCCAGGGGGGCUCCUGGAAGCUCCCAGCAGGCAGAAAUGACCUUUCCAAAUCUCAAGGCUCCCUUUAUUUUUGUUCCCCUCCUUGCCAUUGCAGUGUCCAGAGCACUUGGCACAUUUUUUGGAUUUUUUAUUUUUUUUUUUUGGGAUAAACACCAAAGCCACAGUUGUUUUUUUGGUUUUUAUUUUUUUUUUCCUGCUGUGGCAAUGCCCACCUUGUGGGGCAUUGAGCUCUGAGGUGGAGCUGCUGCUGUUUCCAUGUGCAGCCUUGAUUUGCUGAUGGAAUAUUUUCAAGGGAAGCUUCAGCAUUUGCUAAUUAGCUCAAAGGUUUGGCUCUCAUUACCGAGACACGAAGGGAGGAGGGGAAAAAAAAAAAAAAAAAAAAAAAAAAAUAAAGGCAGGACAAUUUUGCUGGGAGGCCAGCAGGCAGGAGGGAAGCUGUAAUUGUGCUCACAGUUGAAAGGAUUAUUGUUUCUGACACUGGUAAUCCUCCUCCUUUGACUUCUUGCUUGCCAAACUCAGAAGUCCCCAUCCUUUGCUCCAGGAGGAGCAUCCCAAGCACUGCAGGGUUGGGAAUAAUUUAUGUUUUGGGCAUGUCUCCUCCUUUUAGAGGAGCUCUUGUGCCUGGUGCUUGGAUUUGGGUCUCCUUUGGGUUCUGUGCAGCAGGGUGGAUCCACAUCCCUUCAUCCCUAGGGUGGGAUUUUGGGAUAAAUCUGAGGGCUGGGCUCAGCAGUGGGUUUGGGUCUGAGGAUGCUCAUCUUGCUGUAGCACCCCAAAAUCCUGUGCCCAGUGCCCUCUCCAGAGCCAAGGAUUGCUCUGGCCAGUUUUUGGGGUGCCCUCACAGCUCCCAGGGGACACCUCACAACCUGGAUUUUGAAUUUGUUGCUUCCCUGGUUCUGUUUUUUUUUGGAAGAAACUUCAAUUCACCACGAGAUUAACACAAAUUUACACACCAGGGAGAUGCUGCUGGACUUGCUGCUGAGGGGGGAUGAGUUUAUGCACCUCCUAAAUAAAGGUGUGGGGACUAGAAAAGGAGAAGUCAAAAAAAUUCGCAUUUCUGCUUCUAACACUCAAAAAUAAUCAAGUUUUUGGAUAAAACACAAAUAACUGAAGCUCUGAGUCAC